CGUCCGAUUUAAAGCAACAGGACGAACUCAAGCGCUUCGAGCGAGGAUUUGUCUGACAGGCUAGCCACCACAACAAAUCGACUUAAAGAAGGAAAUGUGUACAACUGACGAUUAACUGUUACAAUAUACCAUUCACAACCCACCUAACUUUUGUCCAGCGUCAUUGACAUUUGUUCAUCACGUCAUUGAAGGUAAAUUUUCCAUUUGCUAAAGGGGCUAGCAGCUCCCAAACCUGUUAAACAUGGACGAUGAAGAUGUUGCGGAUAGCUGGGAAGAGGCGGCGGACAGUGGGGAAAUAGAGAGAAGACUUGAAGCAAAACUCAAGAUAAAUCAGGAAGCUAAGAAAGCUACUUCAAAGAGCUCUCCAAUGCGAACUGCCAUUGUGAUUCAAGAUGACUCUCUCCCUGCAGCACCCCCACCACAAAUUAGGAUUUUAAAGCGUCCUACAAAUAACGGCACAUCCAGCAGCUCUGCUUCUUUUUCACGUCCCCAGCAGACAAAGACAUUAGCCCAACGUGAGGCAGAGUAUGCUGAAGCUCGGAGAAGGAUUUUGGGGAGCGCUUCAUCAGAGGAAACUCCUCAGGACAAUUCCUCCCAGGACAGGCCCGCUCGUUUGAAUGUACAGCAGCAAUCAGAACAGACUCGACCAAACAAUAACAUUAUUCGGCAGCCCACUGGUCCAGAUGGUACAACUGGCUUUCGGCUUUGCAGAUAAGGGAGUUCUCCAUAAGGAGCUGGCAUUUCCCGGAGCUCUUUAAGGGUAACAGAGAGGUGUGGUACUGCAAAAUGGACAAAUAACUUCAGAGACAUGAAAGGCUUGUGUAAAGUCUGAGCGUCCACACUUCUCCCUGACUCUGGGCCCUGUUCUCUGUGGAGGGUCUUCAGCGAUCAGCUGGCUGCUUGGAUCCUUCGUGUGCCACUGUGACCUCCUCACACUGUGAUAAAUUCAGUAAACCAAGAGGUGACCCAGGACCAGAUUAAAGCACGAUGCUUCUUUCUCUGAAGGCAGCACAGGAAAAGAUUUUCCUGAAGAAGAGUGGAGCGAAUUAGGCUGUAGUCCACCACAAGAUGAUGAGGAUCAGAUAAAAGUGUGAACAUGUGGAGUCAUGAACUGUAUGGCUAAAAGGUAUAAUUGGUUUAAAAUAUGUUUUUAAAAGAACUCCUAGAUUGCUGAGGUUGACCCAAACAUGGCUGCUCCACUGCUUGUAAGGGCCUUUAUUUAUUGGGACAUGAGCAGUGGCCAAAGAUGACAGGAGGGCAGGCUGUAAUCCUGGCUUCCAUCAGCAAUAAUGAACUCAUUCAUUUUAAUAGUUCUUCUGUUUUCUUCAGGAUCACAUGCACAUUCUGGGAACAUCACUUUCCCUGUAUUUUAUGUUUUAAAUGCAGUAUGUCUGACUAAAUAUUUGAUCCCUUUAGAUAUGAUGCAUCAGAUUUGCUAGAAUAUUAACAUAACCCAUGUCCUUUUAAGGGUAAAGUCAAAUGUCUUAUAGCGUGGUUCUGAUCUUUGAUGUCUGGUGCAGACUCUAAAUGCCUUACAAACCUGUGCAUUGUAAGUUACACGUAGUGGUCCUAAAUGGACUCUAACGUCCCAUGUGCUUUUUCACUAGUAUUUGGAGUGUGUGACAGCUCUCCUUUACUGUUGCAGAUCUCAACAUGAAUGCCAUUACAAUAUUAACUGACAUGAUUGUGAUAAACUGUUGUCUUAGUUGAACACACAACUAUCCUUUAAUACAUUUGCUAUCAAAAA